CCUGCGUCGGAGGCAAAAGCGCAAGCACAGAGAGGAGAGGAGAGGAGAGGAGAGAGAGAGAGAGGGGAUGUGGAACCUGACGACAUUUCUUUGCAUAGUAUGGGCGGUGAGCCUUCUUUACGGCGAGAUGUUGUCAUUUUGGGUACCCUCUCUCUGGGCUUGUUCGUGGCCUCAUCUCCUCCGAUCAUCCACUACUCCUUCCAAGAUUAAUGGAGUACAAUAUCCAAGUGAUUAUGUGAAAGUCGCUGUUCUCACUGAUCCACAGCUCAUGGAUAAAACCUCUCUUCAUCUUGCUCCAAAAUCACUCGCUCUGGAGAUUGCACAAUUCUAUACGGAUUUGUUCAUGCGCAGAGCAUUCAUGGCAUCUGUUUUGCCUUUCAAACCUGAUGUGAUACUGUUCUUGGGUGACUAUUUUGAUGGGGGCCCUGUUCUAUCUGAUGAAGAAUGGCAGGAAUCUUUGAGCCGUUUUAAGCGAAUCUUUGACCUGACUAUGCUUGAGAAUGCAAACAUCCCAGUAUACUACCUUCCAGGGAACCAUGAUAUCGGCUAUGGAUCUCUUCAGUCUCAUAUGCCAAGGGUUACCAGACGCUAUGAAAAAGAAUUUCAUGCAAGGAACUACAAAUUUAAAGUUGGAAAAGUUGAUUUCAUUGCUAUUGAUGCCCAAACUCUGGAUGGGCCUUCACAAGAUAGCCUGACUUCUGCAACCUGGAAUUUUGUCAAAAAUGUUUCCAAGGAUAUUAAUUCAACCCCAAGAGUUUUAUUGACUCAUAUCCCACUAUUUCGGCCCGAUGACACUUUUUGUGGUCCAAAUCGUUAUUCCCCAAUUGUUAAUCAGAGGGUUCGUGCUGUUCGUGAUCAAAUAUUGUUCCAAAAUUAUAUCUCUGAGGGAAAAACAAACGACUUGCUGGAUUUGAUCAGACCUGUACUUGUCCUGUCUGGUCAUGAUCAUGAUCAGUGUACAGUUACUCACAUGUCUAAGUACGGCCCUGUAAGAGAGCAUACUGUAGGGACCAUAAGCUGGCAGCAGGGGAAUUUGUAUCCUUCUUUCAUGCUGUUAUCUGCAAGUAACCAUUCAUUUCCAAAUGCAUCCAGUCUAGAGGAUGCAAUAUCUACUCAUCUGUGCUUUCUUCCAGUGCAAACAUUCAUCUACAUAUGGUACCUUUUUCUGUUUCUUCUGACUCUUCUUGUUCUGCUCCUUUGGCCAACAAACGGAAUUGACAUUUCACAUCGUUUUGGUGGUCUUGUGGGGCAUAUAAGAAGUCUAAUUAAUUGCCACAUUUCUGGAGGUGGAGUAAAAGAGAAAAAUGAAGAUGAGAACCAUGACUAUGAGAUGAUUUGGGAUGCAGAAGGAUCAAUGCACCUUAUCAAGAAAGCCUCGAGGGCCCCCACUACAAGUUCAAGUGAGAAGGGUUCUGUAAAAAGGGGCAAUGCUGAGAUGCGAUCAGUAGCUAAAAAACAUAUUUCGCUGGAGAUGGAUGGCUCAACGCAUGCAGAUGUUAGUGAACACAUGGGAAUGGAUCCUAUGGCAAAGUUGCCAACUAGAUCAAACAAAUCAAAGACUAAAAUAGUGAUCCGGAGAUUGGUUCGUAUGUUUCGAUUGGUUACAGUCAUUGCUGCAGUGAACGUUCCUCUCUAUGUGAUGUUGCUGUUCAAGGAUUGGAAUGACAAAUGAUGUCAUAUUCGAACAUUACCAACUUGAUUCCCACUUCAAUUGCUACCUGCUGAAUAGGACGGAUGGGAUAACAGACUAGAAGUUCAGUGCCGGUUUGAAAUUAAGCAUGUAAGCCUGUUGUUGCAGUCUGAUCAUCGUGCGAUAUUUCUGUAUUUGUAACUAUUACCCAACAACAAAUAAAUUUUCCUUGAGCAAUGAUCAGAUGGGAUCAAGCUCAAGAUGUUGACAAACUCGAGUUGAUGUGUCCGUUGUCUGUAAGUUCUCCAAGCUGAAAUUUUGUCAUUUUAAUAGGUUUCUUUUUCUAGUCCCAAAAGCUGUAUUCUGUUUGUUGUUGUUCAUCCAAGUUUUUGAAGAUAGGAUUUGUCCAAACAUAGGAUCUAAGAUAUCUGCCACGUACUCUGGCUGUCCCCAUGGAUUCUGUUGUAUAUGUAUUUUAUGUAGGUCUGCAAUGGACAGUUUGCAUGUAUAAUGUAAUUCCAUCUAAAAUCUUAUGUUUGACCUGAUCCGAUUUUAGAAA